UUAUCUGUGUGAAGUGUCAGAAGUUCCAUGAGGUUGAGAGGGUCUGUAUGUACGCCAAGUUCCUUCCUGACUUCUCGCCUUCUACUUUGAAAUAUUAAGGAGCAUCUAGCAACAAUAAUCAUAAUUGAUAUUCUUCUUAGACAAGAUUGACGCAAGUUCACACGAUGGAGAAGGCACAAGAUGGCAGCGACGGCAGAAGUUUGGGCUUUGGAGUUGCGGUACAAGACCGUCCCGAUGCGCCCAUGCCGGUAGGAAGGAACGAACCAACGUAUAACAUGCAGCAUAAAGAGCGAGGACAUGCCCUCAUCCUCGCCUAUGAAAACUUUUCAAGUUAUGGGCCACCAAGACGGAGCUGCGCCGAACAUGAUGUCCAGAUUAUCAAGAGUGCUUUUAAACAGUUAGGAUUUACUGUCCUGACUCACUGGGAUCUGAGGAAGGAGGACUUUCUGAAAGUUCUCAAGGAAGAGAGCCAGAGCGAUCACUCUGACCGUGACUGCCUGGUGGUGGUUCUGAUGUCUCACGGAGGCAUCGACGCCAGCAAAGAUGAAUUCAUCUGGACUUUCGACAAACAAGUCAAAACGUCGGAGUUAUGGAAAAACUUCACUCCGGAAAAGUGCCCGACCCUUGCUGGGAAACCGAAGAUGUUCUUUCUCCAGGCUUGCAGAGGAGAAAACGUGGACAAAGGCGUCCGCUUACAGCGACCAAUGGGAAUGCGAGUGCAGACCGACAGUCUUCCAGUCGAGAGAGACUAUGCUAUUCCUCUGCAUGCUGACAUGCUCAUGAUGUGGGCAUCAUACAUAGGGACCUUUGCCUUCAAGUCAAGCAACAACGGCAUGAACGGGAGCGUGUUCCUGCACUUCCUCGCCAAGGUGCUGCAGGAGGAGGGCGACCAACAGGACCUCUCCACCAUGCUCCUUCGAGUGACCCGGGAAGUCGCAGUCAGUUACGAGUCCUAUGUCCCGGGGAAUUACCAUCUCGAUAUGAACAAGCAAAUCCCUUACACAGUAUCUACACUCAUGCGCAAGGUCUUCUUUAAUUCGAAAUGAUCGAGAACGUUAAAUGAAAUAUGACCGGUAAAAAAAAAUAUAUAUAUAUAAAUGUACCAUAUACACGAGAGAUUGGGGCCAGUUUUAAGUUAUAGGUAGAGGGAAAGAAAAAAUCCCUUGGACAGCUGAAAUAUGUAUAACUUUCUCAUCCGCCAUCUAUUAUUUGACCAGGAGAUGGCACACUGACAGCAAUGAAAAUAUUAUUCGGAGUGUACGUAUUUGCUUUGUUUAAGGUAGUAGGUCACGAGUACCGAAGCAAAUUAUAACUGAGCGAAGCAGGGAUUAAAAUUCUACAGGUUACAUUGAUUCAACUCAGUACGUCAUUUAUGAUACAUUAAAGCUUAAUUUUAUGAAUCCAUUUAUCUAAACUAUGGAACUUUAAAAUUACAAAAUCUAAAGCAGGUCAGAUUUUUUGUUGGUCUGCGCUCAGCUCUACGUGAACAGUGAGUGCAAUUAAGAAUUAAUCAGAGCUGAUUUUGAUUGUUAUGUUACAAUCGUUCUGAUCAUGAGAAAUAAUAAGUCACUAGUUGUACUAUUCAUGGUUAAACGAUACAGUUUGCUUUUAUCGUCCUGACUUCUUUUAAGGGUGUAAGGGUUAUCUAUGAUAUAUGUGAUUAUCAUGCUCAUGUGUGACACAUUUAUAUUUAGAUUUAGUCCAUUUUAAUAAAAACUUACCUUUAUCCCAUACCCUGUAUUUAGAAUUAAAUUCUAAUGAGCAAAAAUGUUUAUAUUUCCUAAAUGUUGGAUUUUAUAAAGCAUACAAUUUA